UAGUGCUUCAUGAAAAAUAUGCCUGCUUGCAAGUCUGUGUGAUUUGCACACCAAUAAUUCACACUAAACUUGAAAACAUUCCUUAUAUUUACAUUUUCAUAACCGUUUGAAAGCACUUAAAAUAUACUCAGUGUUUCUUUGCCUUUUUCUAACGUCGCUGUAGCUUUAUUGUGACGUCAGUUAGCACGAGUUUCUCUAUGUAUAUUUCUAAGCGUGAGUAUAUACACGAAAAUAGUAUUCAAAUUAAUUUCACAGUUGGCUUAGUAGAAAAACACAGCGAAUGUAAAUAUUUAUGUACAUUGUACUUAUUAAUUUUUUAUGUAUGAAAUUUAUGCGAAUUUUGCUGCUUUACUUUGACGUCGUAUUUUAUGUAUGACGUAAUAAACGGACAACUUCAUUUUGAAAAAAAAAGAUGUUUAUGUGUUACGAUAGAUAUCGUGGAACAUUCUAUUGCCCUGGAAAUGGCACAUGUUGUGGAAGUUCUGGAAAUCAGUUUUGUUGUGAUGAGAAAUACAGAUCUUCAAUUACGUCACGAGAUGCUUUUUAUUUCCUCGGAGUGCUCGGAUUGAUAUUCUUGGUUGCAGUGGUGGGAAUUUCAGUCUUUUGCAAUUAUUUGAGAAAGACUGAACGACGCAGAUCAUUAAUAAGUUCAAGGACGACCCGAAGCCUUGGUGAGCUGACAGAGACGGCCUCGCAGACCGAAGACAUUGGACAGGGAACCUCAAGAUUGUCGCCGAGGGCUUCAGUGUUCCCACACAAUGUUUAUGGUUCUACAUAUCAGUACAGUUUGUCAGGGGAUCAGAGUGGGGCACAGACAGAGACACACACUAAUCAACAGUAUAACCCACCGCGCCCUGUUCCCAAAGAGGAUCCGCCACCUUACAGUCAAACCUUACAGGAAAAUUAAUGAAAUUACAUCGCUUUACAUUUAAUGUCAU